AUGUCUUCUUCAUCCUCCAAUCGUCAAUGGGUCUACGACGUGUUCCUGAGCUUCAGAGGGGAAGACACUUGUUCCGGCUUCGUUUCUCACCUCCAAAAUACCUUCUCAAGAUCUGGAAUCAACACUUACAUCGAUUACAACCUUGAGAAGGGAACAGAGUUGGGACCUGAACUAUUGCGAGCAAUAGAAGGGUCUCAUAUAUCUUUGGUUGUUUUCUCCCAAAACUAUGCAGAUUCUAGUUGGUGCCUUAAUGAGCUGACAAAAAUAAUGGAAUGCCACAGAACUUAUGGCCAGGUGAUUCUGCCCAUAUUUUACGAUGUUGACCCAUCUCAUGUACGUCAUCAGAAGGGAGCAAUUGAAAAAGCCUUUGAAAAGUUUUCAGACAAAAAUUACUCGCAGGAAGUGUUGUCGAGUUGGAAGAGUGCACUCACCCAAGCUGCAAAUAUAUCUGGUUGGGAUAUGAGGAAUCGCCGGAGCGAAGCUGAAGUAUUGGAGAGAAUUGUUCAUUCAGUUUUACGACAAGUAAACAACACAUUUUUGUCCAUUACCGAUUUUCCUGUUGGAUUAGAAUCCCGCGUGCAAGAAGUGGUUGGUUUAAUUGAAAAUCAAUCGAGCAAAGUUUGUGUGGUGGGGAUCCGGGGUAUGGGUGGAUCGGGCAAAACAACCACAGCCAAAGCCAUUUACAAUCAAAUUCAUCGCAGAUUUGUGAAUAGAAGUUUCAUUGAAAAUAUUUCUGAAGUUUGUCAACAAGAUAGAAGAGGACAAAUUGAUUUACAAGAACAACUUCUUUUAGAUGUCCUAAGAACAGAGGUGAAUAUCCAUAGCAUUCGGAUGGGAACAACUUUAAUCGAAGAAAGCCUUUGUGGAAAAAGGGCACUCGUUGUGUUUGAUGAUGUGUCUGCUUUUCAGCAGUUAGAAGCCCUAUGUGGAAAUCGUGAACUGUUUGGUGAAGGAAGUGUAAUAAUCAUUACAACUAGAGAUAUGCGCCUACUUACACAAUUUGAGGUUGACUAUGUUUAUGAAAUGAAGCCAAAUAAUGAAAAUGAGUCCCUUGAGCUCUUUAGUUGGCAUGCUUUCAGAGAUGCAAGUCCAAGAGAAGACUUGAUUGAACUCUCACAAAAUAUUGUUGCUUACUGUGGAGGACUACCACUAGCUCUCGAAGUCCUUGGAUCUUGCUUAUUUGGGAGGACGAAACAAGAAUGGGAAAGUGUAUUAUCAAAACUGGAAAUAAUUCCCAAUGAUCGAGUUCUACAGAAACUAAGAAUAAGCUUUGAUGGUUUGCGUGAUCAGAUGGAAAGGGAUAUAUUUCUUAACAUAUGUUGUUUCUUUAUCGGUAAAGACAGAGCCUAUUGUUGA